GAAGAUUAAUCCUAUUUUUCUCAAUUUUAGAUGAUGGGUAAAGUGAAAUCUCAGGGCCUUGUGUCCGACUUGAUGCCAAACAUCAAGCUGAUGCAAAUGGCCGGACAUUUCCUAUUUAAUUACACCGACGAAACCGGUGGCAUGUCAUUGUUGCUGCGUAAAGUAUACGCCUCAAUGCACGCCUUCCUCAUCGUACUCAACUUCAUCUGCAUGGGCAUCAACAUGGCACAGUACUCGGACGAAGUCAACGAACUCACCGCCAAUACCAUCACUGUCUUGUUCUUCGCGCACACUGUUAUCAAGCUGGCCUUCUUUGCGAUCAACUCUAAGAGCUUUUAUAGGACCCUGGCAGUAUGGAACCAGUCGAACAGCCACCCUCUGUUCACGGAGUCGGACGCCAGGUACCACCAGCUCUCGCUGGACAAGAGCCGCCGGCUGCUUUACUUCAUCUGCGGUACCACCUGUCUGUCAGUUGUCAGCUGGGUGACCCUCACGUUUUUCGGCGAGUCUGUCCGCCUGAUCGCCGACAAGGAGAGCAACGAUACCCUGACCGAGCCAGCUCCCAGGCUCCCGCUUAAGGCCUGGUACCCCUUCAAUGCGAUGAGUGGAAGCAUGUACAUCAUGGCCUUCGUAUAUCAGAUCUACUGGCUUUUGUUCUCAAUGUUGAUCGCCAAUCUCAUGGACGUGAUGUUCUGUUCCUGGCUGAUCUUCGCCUGCGAGCAGCUGCAGCAUCUGAAAGCCAUCAUGAAGCCCCUCAUGGAGCUCAGCGCUGCUCUGGACACCUACAGGCCUAACACUGCUGAGUUGUUCAGGGCAUCUUCUACUGAAAAGUCAGAAAAGGUGCCAGAGCCCACAGACAUGGAUAUCCGCGGUAUAUAUUCCACGCAGCAGGAUUUCGGCAUGAUGCUGCGUGGCGCAGGGGGUCGCCUGCAGAACUUUAACUCGCCAAAUCCCAACCCGAACGGGUUGACUCAGAAACAGGAGAUGUUGGCUAGAUCCGCUAUCAAGUACUGGGUGGAGCGACAUAAGCACGUCGUGAGGCUGGUGGCGUCCAUAGGAGAUACUUAUGGUACUGCUCUACUGUUUCACAUGUUGGUGUCAACCAUUACGCUUACACUUCUGGCUUAUCAAGCGACAAAGAUCGAUGGUCUCAACGUGUACGCGUUCAGCACAGUCGGUUACCUCAGCUACACCCUUGGCCAGGUGUUUCAUUUCUGCAUCUUCGGAAACAGGCUUAUUGAGGAGAGCUCUUCGGUGAUGGAAGCAGCAUACUCUUGCCAAUGGUACGACGGUUCCGAAGAAGCCAAGACCUUUGUUCAGAUUGUGUGCCAGCAGUGUCAGAAGGCUAUGAGCAUCUCCGGCGCCAAGUUCUUCACGGUUUCACUGGAUCUGUUCGCUUCUGUACUCGGCGCUGUUGUAACCUACUUCAUGGUGUUAGUGCAACUGAAGUAAAAGCCAUCGAAUUCAUCAAAGUCAACUUACAAGCUUAUACCUUUGACUGUGCUGAACGAAAUGUAUUUGUACUUUUGAGGUUCUUGACAA